CCGAUAAUAAAAAAUCCUUUUUCACCUAACGCGACUGAACACAAUUCCAUCUUUUCCGCCAUGAAUCCUAACCUCUAAAAAGACUUUUGUUUCUUGCAUGAGAGCGCGCAAAUCAGCACUAACCAGUUUGACAAGAAAUUUUCCACCAAAGUUUCAUAAUAUUUUUAUAAAUCUAGUCUGAUACAAUAGUAACUUUAAAUAAUCCAAGUAAGUAGAUAAACCAAAUAAUAAAAAUGAAUCCAGACCACACUCACCGCCGCUGGAGUCAUUUGCGAAAAAUCCUCGAGAGAUCUGGGCCCUUUUGCCGGCCCGAUUUCGAGCCGUCGCCCGACACACUGGAAUUCCUCAUGGAGAAUUGCAAGGUCCUGGUAAUCGGUGCUGGUGGAUUGGGCUGUGAACUCUUGAAGAACUUAGCUCUGAUGGGAUUCAGGAAGAUAGACGUCAUCGACAUGGACACCAUCGAGCUCUCGAACCUCAACAGACAAUUUUUGUUCCGCCACAAAGACCUGGGUUCCUCAAAAGCCGAAGUAGCUGCCAAGUUUAUCAACGAGCGAGUUCCAGGAUGCUCUGUGACUCCUCACUGCUGCAAGAUCCAAGACAAAGACGAGUCUUUCUACCGGCAGUUUCACAUUGUUGUCUGCGGGCUGGACUCAAUCGUGGCCCGGAGGUGGAUCAACGGAAUGAUCAUAUCGCUCUUGAACUACGAAGACAAUGAACUGGAUCAUUCUUCAGUGAUUCCUCUGGUUGAUGGUGGUACAGAAGGAUUCAAAGGCAAUGCUAGGGUUAUUUUACCAGGUCUCAGUGCUUGUAUUGAGUGUACUCUUGAUUUAUAUCCACCUCAAAGGACAUACCCAUUGUGUACAAUAGCAAACACUCCGAGAUUACCUGAGCACUGCAUCGAGUACGUGAAGGUCAUCCAAUGGCCGAAGGAAAAUCCUUACGACUGCGAGAUUGAUGGCGAUGAUCCUCAGCAUAUAAAUUGGAUCUAUGAAAAAUCUAUUGAGCGAGCCACGCAGUUCAGCAUCCGAGGAGUUACUUACAGACUUGUUCAAGGCGUUGUUAAGAAUAUUAUACCCGCAGUAGCGUCAACUAAUGCUACAAUCGCUGCCACUUGUGCCACUGAAGUCUUCAAACUUGCCACUAGCUGUUCAGGGUCUUUGAGUAAUUAUAUGGUAUUGAAUAAUACUGACGGAAUUUACACGUACACCUAUGAAGCAGAGAAAAGAACCGAUUGUUUAGGAUGCAGCGAGAUACCUCGUGACCUGGAAAUCCGCGACGGCAACAUCAAACUAAAAGACUUGAUUGAAAUACUCUGCGAGCGUCACGAUUUGCAAAUGAAGGACCCGGGAAUCACAGUGAACAUCAACGGGAAGAAUAAAACUCUGUACAUGCACACUGUCGCGAGUAUUGAAGUUCAAACGCGAGUUAAUUUAACAAAAACACUAACUGAGCUGGAAUUGAAGAAUGAUAUGGAGAUAAAUGUUGCGGAUGUUACAACUCCCAAGACUAAAAUAAUAAAACUAAAGUUCCAGAACGGCAAUGAUGUUGAGAUGGCUUGAUGCUCGUUGAAUAAUCUUAAAAAUAACAAUAAUUAAUAAUAAUAAU